AAACUAAUGCCAACCGAUUCAAGCAUUCAACAUGGCGGCUGUUUUGAGAACAUUGAUUCAACAAAAUAAAUUGUGGAUUGAUACUACAUCUUCUUAUUUUUUACGGCUUUCUAGCAGAAAUACUGAUGCCUUAUUAUUGUGGAGUGAUUCCCGCAAUUGCAGCCUAAAGUUUUUGCAGUCCUUCCAAGUAAGCAAUGUUUGUAAAAUUUGCGGGAGAAGAUUCUUUUCAUCAUCAUCAAAUAAACAAAAUGAGUCAAAAAGGGCUUUGUCAAUUGUAAUAACUCGUGGACCAUUUAAGUGGUUGUCAAAUAAAGUAAAGCUUUUCUUAGUCAAUUCUUACUUCGACAAAGACUUUGAAGAAAAGACAUUCCUUGAAGGAGCUAAGCAGGCCAUUAUUACUGUUUCAGCUCUGGUGUAUGAAAGAAAAUUUGAUCUCCUCAAGGGAUUGUUAACGGAUAAUGCAAUAAAUGAUGUUAAGAAACAAAUCGAAGAUACAGAUACCAUUGAAUCAUACUGUGUUACAUCCGAUAAUAUUAUUCAGACCAAUAUUCAUGACAUUGGUUUUCGUUAUGAUGAAAAAGAGAAAGGAAGGAAAUGGCUUUAUGUCAUGGUAUCGUGCAUAUAUCAUGAGUAUAAUGUUCAGGCAGACGAGAUAUCCUCCAUUGGUGUUCCUCUACCACGAAUCAUUCGAUACAGGUGCUGCUUUUAUGUAUACACUACACAGAAGAAUUAUCAUGGACUUUUAUGUAUUCGUUAGUUUUCGCAAGGAAUGCACACCAGGUAUUGACGAUGACUGGAUAGUUAAUGAAAUAAUCAAACAAUCUCCUCCAAGAACUUGGACCUUCAAUAAUUAACUAUAAUAAAUGUUUAUCAUGUGAGUUUCUUGUUAUUGUCACUAAUAUAAUGUAUUUUCUAAAGUA